GCCUAACCUAAAAGUGGUAAACAAAAUAUUUUGGAUGUAUUAUUGGCUGGUAUAUAAAAGUGAUAUAAAUAAUCUUAUAUUCCAAUGAUAUAUGUGAAGUUGAUAUACUUUGUUGCUGCUUAAUUAUGUCAUCUUUAUUAUCUGCGGAAAUAUCUGCCACUUGCAAUGCAUUGGGAUAUUUUGAUGAAAAAACAAAUAAAUAUUAUGCUGAUACAAACACUCUGGAAACAGUCAAGGAUCUUAUUCGUUAUCUGAGGAGAGAUGAUGACAUCCACACUAUUAGAAGGCAACUAGGUGACACAAAUGUUUUAACAACUGAUCUCUUACCUCUAUUAAAGAGUUAUCAUGAAGAAAGUGAUCUAUUUGAUGUUCUGUUACGACUCAUUAUGAAUUUAACUACCCCUCCCUUGUUACUGUUUAAUUUUGAGAUACCAACAGAUUCAGUCCUCCGAAAUCACUACCUAGACUUGGAAGACCACUUGAAGUCAUACAAAGAAGCUUUUGUGGAUGAAGGUGUAUGGGCCGUUUUUAGUACACAUCUCAGUAAAAUCCUCGACGUUGAUUACACAGAUAGAGGGGAUGAGAAUGGUGUUAAGAUCGAACGAGUUUUAGUUCUUAUAAGAAAUAUUAUGUUUGUUCCUGCUGAUAUGAUGGAGAAAAGACCUGACAAUGACGCUAGUAUUCACGAUCAAGUUUUAUGGGCACUUCACCACUCUGGUCUAUUGGAUAUUAUUUUAUAUAUUACUACAAAUCCUGCUGAGCAAGGUUAUUAUAUGUAUAUAUUGGAAAUUAUGUUUUUUAUGUUGAAAGGACAAAAGCCUAGUGAACUAGCCAGUGCAGCUUUACAGCGAAGCCAAGGUGAAAAAAUCAGAGAUGAGGCUGAGUUAGUUAAUAUAAGGCACACUGAACAAAAUAUAAAGCAAAAUAAAGCUAAAAAGUAUAUGGGCUCAAGACAUUCCAGAUUUGGAGGGACUUUUGUUGUUAAAUCCAUGAAAAGUAUUACAGAUAAUGAUUUAAUUUCUCAUAGACCUCUUAAUAAAUUAGACUCGUUAAAUUUUGAUACCAACAAAAGACAGAAGAAAGUUCCUAGGAAUAGAGCACCUCUGGUUGAUAAUAAAAUUGAGAGAAGAUCAGCUUUUACUAUAAGACUAUUUUUAAAAGAAUUUUGUAUAGAAUAUCUGAAUGGUGCUUAUAACAAUAUGAUGCAGUAUGUAAAGGGCGUUUUAGUAAGAAGUGGUGGAGAAAAUCAUGAUGAGUCAUAUUAUCUUUGGGCCUUAAGUUUUUUCAUGUCUUUUAAUAGAUAUUACAAAUUCGAAGUAAAACUAGUCAGUGAAACCUUGUCUGUACAAACUUUCCAUUAUGUUCAACAACAAAGUGAAAAUUAUUUAGAUCUCAUGAAAACUGACAAAAAGAAAUUAUUAAUCUGGUCAACAAGACUACACACAGCAUUGUUAAGCUAUAAAGAACUAUUAUCAACACUUUUUGUUAUGGAUAAAUCUUCUGAUAAGGUGGUUAAUGAAUCGUCCAAAGUUAUCAAAAGUAAUAUUUUUUACCUACCAGAGUACAGAGAGUUCAUAGUAACUUUAUUAAUAAUGUAUGAUGAAUUAAAAAUGACUGAUCUCUAUUUAAGAGACUUAAUGGAAACUCAGCAUUUGUUUUUAAAAAUGUUUGAGAUGUACUGUAAAUCUGAAGGUUCAAUUGUAGUAAAACAAAAAACAAAAGGAAAGAAGAAGAAGCGAACUAAAAAUACCAGUUCAAAUGGUCCAACUGAACUAAACUUGGAUGAAAUGUGGGAUAAAGUUAGUCCGGAGUUGUCAGCAAUUAUAGAAUCUGGUGGGGAAUUUCUUACAGAUGCUCCAUUUGAUGCCACCUUAGACAUACCUAUUGAUGACCAAAAAGGUAUGGCGAUGAAAAAAAUUCAAAACAAAUUGAGGCAUUCCGAAUAUGAAAGUGCCAUAGGCUUGAUGAGGGCUGCUAGAGAAGUUUGGCCAGAAAAUAAUUCCUUCGGAAAUGAUAACAUGACUAUUGAAGAGGAGUUUCUUGCUUUAAGAGAUGUUUUCUAUGCCGAUCUUGGUGAUAAUCAUGUAGAAAAUACUUCUUAUGCUGAUAGUUACGAUGAGGAGGAAGAAGAUGAAGAGGAAUCAGAAGAAUCAUCCAGGCCUCGAGAAAAGGAAGUUAAUUUUAAUUUUAAUGACUUCCUUUGUCGGUUGCUACAUCCAAAAAUUGUAAGAGCUGCUGCUUAUGCUUUGAAAUCUUUUGAAACUAAUUCAGUUAAUACAAAUCAUGCUAUAUUGAAAUUAAUGCAUAGAAUAGCUUUUGAUUGUAAAUGCUAUGUUAUGAUGUUUCAACUGAGUUUAUUUAGAACAUUCCAGAAAAUAUUUUCUUUGAAGAAUUUACCUCAAUAUAAAGAGUUGGUGAAGUUUGCGAUAUACAUACUAAGGGAGUUUUUUAAAACAACCCAAACAAACGACAAAGUGUUUGUUGAAGUUCUCUUUUGGAAACAUAAGAAAGAUGCAUAUGAAAUUGAACAUGGGUAUGGUACUACUGAAAAGUCGAGUGCAGCGCUUGGCAAAAUGUGGACUGAAGAAGAAGAAAAUGAGUUGAGAGUAUUAUUCAAAGAACAUCAAGAUAAGCAAAUUGAAGAGGAUGUCGUUGAUUGGAUUUUAAGUAACUUAGUUAACCAAACUAGAUCAAGAAGAAUGGUACUGAAAAAAUUAAAAGAGUUGGAUAUCUUGGAAAAUUACUCAAAACAGGGUAAAAGUAGACGUAAUAAUUCUCCGUACUGGACUGCAGAAGAGGAGACACAGUUACGUGAAUUAUAUUCCCAAUUCAAAGAUUCUCCAGAUGUACUGAAAUAUAUAAUAAGUGGAUUAAGCUAUCCUAGGCCUAAAAAUAAAAUUAUAGAUAAAAUGUUAACAUUGGGAUUAAUUCAAGAUAAAAAUGAUUUGAAAAAGAAAAGCAAGACUAAAAGUAACAAAAAUGAAGUUCCCGAUGAUUUCUUAAGUAGCGAUUCUGACUCAUCUAGCACAUCAACCCGCGUUCCUGUUAAAAGUAAAUCAAAAAGUACGUCUAAAAAACGAAGACCUCAUACAAUUACUGCUGGAAAGGAAGAGAUUAUAAAACUACUUAAAGAAAAUAUAAGCGCAGGAAGAGAAAGUGCUGUAACUUGGUUAAAAGAAAGCAUCUUUGAUGUCAUUGAUGAUUUUGAAGAGGGUCAUGAAGGAAUUCCUUUGGUACCUUUGGAUGAAGAUGUGGAAAGUGCUCUAGAGACUGAAGAUUUCCAAAAGUUGCUAAGAUCUUUUGGAUUUUCAGCGCCGUUUGAUGAACAAGAAAGCUAUUGGAGGAUACCCAGCCACAUUAAGCUUAAUACUUUAAAGGAUCACUAUGAAUUGAUUACAACAGGUCUAGAUAAUAACUUACCGGACGAUAAUACGCAAAAUCAAAACGAUAGUUCUCAGGAGUCUCCAUCUAGAACUGGCAGGCGAACUCGAAUUAUAUCUUCCUCGGACGAUGACAGUGAGGCCGAGAAAGAUGUACCUAUAACAGACAAUAAUAAAUCAAAUUCAAAUAUUAAUUCUAAUUCUGAUGAAAGCGAAGAUGAGAUGCCAAAGCAACAUAACGCAUCUCGACCCAAAGUAGUCUCCGACAGUGAGGAUAGUGAUACGGAACGGUUAAUUAUUAAUGAAAAUUCACUAGAUGAUGGUGACAAUGUCACAGAAAUGACAAAACGUAGCAGGACAAAUUCCGAAUCUGAUAGCCCCCCUGUCAAACGAAGUAAAACUGAAGAUUGAUAAAAAUGUACUAUACUUUGUUGACGUAAGGCCAUAUAAAUUAUUUAUGUACUUUUUUAAAAUUUGUAUAAAUAUAUGUUUUAUUAU